AUGACAAUUCCACAUAUUUGCCACCCAUUUACAAUCCUUCACAAUUCUACAGAAAAAAAGAAAGGAACAGAAAAUGUACUAAUGAAGUUGUUCUAUUUGCAGAUGAGGUGCUUGAUCUUUGCGGCGAUAUUGACCGUGGCACUUGCCACAUUUGGCAAAGAGCACGUACAUAUCAGAAUCCACGUACCGGAGAUAAUACAGCAUGACGAGAAGAAGGUUAUUAAAUACGAAGAUCACGGUGGACAUGAUCAUGGAGGAGGAGGUGGAGGUGGUGAUCAGACUAUAAUAGUCACUUCGCCUGGAGGAGGUGGAGGCCACGGAGGCGGCGGUGGUCACGGAGGAUUUGGCGGUGGAUUCGGAGGUGGUUUCGGAGGCCACGGAGGCGGUGGUGGUCACGGAGGAUUUGGCGGUGGAUUUGGAGGUGGACACAUUAGCCUUGGAGGUGGUGGUCACGGUGGAGGUGGCCACGGUGGUGGCGGAGGAUUUGGAGGUGGUCACGGAGACAUCAUAAUAGCCAGUUCAGGUGGUGGCCACGGUGGUGGAGGCUACGGAGGCGGUGGUGGUGGAUUCGAUGAACAUCACGGUGGCGGAGGAUUUGGAGGAGGAGGUGGAUACGGUGGUGGUGGAGCAGCGAUCAUCGAACAUCACGGUGGUGGAGGGUAUGGUGGCGGCGGUGGCGGUGGUGGCUUCGAUGCUCACCAUGGUGGCGGAGGAUUUGGAGGCGGUGGAGGAUAUGGAGGCGGCAGUGGUGGAGGAGCGAUCAUCGAACACCACGGUGGUGGAGGAUAUGGAGGCGGUGGUGGCGGUUUUGAUGCUCACCAUGGUGGCGGAGGAUUUGGAGGUGGCGGUGGUGGAGGAGCAAUCAUCGAACAUCACGGUGGUGGAGGAUUUGGAGGCGGUGGUGGCGGUUUCGAUGAACACCAUGGUGGAGGAGGUUAUGGAGGUGGCGGUGGUGGCGGUGGAUUGAUCAUCGAACACCAUGGUGGCGGUGGCGGCUAUGGAGGCGGUGGUGGCUAUGGAGGAGGUGGCGGCUAUGGAGGUGGCGGUGGUGGAUUCGAUGCACACCAUGGCGGAGGAGGUUUUGGAGGAGGCGGUGGAUAUGGAGGUGGUGGUGGAGGUUUUGAUUCGCAUCAUGGCGGAGGAGGUUUUGGAGGAAGCGGAUUCGGUGGUGGCCAUGGUGGUGGCGGCGGAGGAGGUGGAUUCGGUGGAAUCGAACACCAUGCUAUUAGUAACAGCAUAUCUUCCGGCUUCGGAAGCAGUGGACACGGUGGAGGCGGAGGUGGAUACAGUUCCGGUGGUGGUUACGAUUCGUACUCAAGUGGCGGUCAUAGUGGUGGCGGUCAUGGCGGUGGCGGCCAUGGCGGUGGUUUCUCAGGCUAUCACAAGAAAAAGUAA